ACCGUCAUGUACCGACGCGGGUUCUCCUCGUCGCGGCGGUACAGGGCGGCUGCGACGCACUACGAGGUACUGGGGCUGGCGCGGGACGCGUCGCCCGCGCAAAUCAAGACGGCCUUUUUCGCUCUGAGCAAGCGGCACCAUCCCGACGUGCCCGACCACAAGUCGACGCCGGCGUUUCACGAGAUUACGGCGGCGUAUAAUGUCUUGCGGGACCCAGUAUCUAGACGCGCAUAUGACAACACACUACCAUCCAUACCGCGUCCCGCCCCAUCUACGCUGUAUUCGCGCCAUAUGGCGGAUACCGCUGCCCGCUAUCGCCGCGCAGCCACCCGUUCUUCCCCGCCUCCCCAGUCCCACUCACAUGUGAAUCCACACUCUUCCUCCCAUCGCGCUCAACCCUCCCAAACGUCCUUCCGCAAACGCGCCGCUGCUCAUGACCCCGUCCUCGGAGCACGCGACCGACACGAGCGGCAUCCGGGCCAGCGCUACCGCCCGCCUGACCCCGUUGCACAGGCCGCCGUGUGGGCCGUGAAGAAAGAAUUAAUGCGCGAACAGAAGACACGCCCACAACGCUAUGUGGUUGGCGUCGUGGGCUCUCUCGGCGCGCUGUUUGGGAUCAGCUGGGUGCUAGGGACUUGGUGGCCAUAA